AUGCAGCGGACACUCGCUCUCCUGGCUUUGGCCAGUUCUGUCCUGGCCUCACCCUAUCCCCAGGCUGUUACCAGUGCUAUUGCACCUUCAGCCCCUGCUCCAUCAGGCUGUCAAACGAGCCACUCCGGAACGUUCCAAAUCACCGUCGUCAAUGUCUCUUCUUCGUCCACAAAGAGAGAUCUUGAAAGGCGCCAGUUGGAUGGCCCUCUCACCUUGACGCUUACCGAUUCGAACUUGUUUGACCAGGCUGGUCGCACGGGAUACAUCGCCGCCAACUACCAGUUCCAAUUUGAUGCUCCUCCUCAGGCCGGUGCAAUCUAUACUACUGGAUUCUCUCUCUGCUCAAACAACAGUCUCGCUUUGGGCGGCUCUGCCAUUUGGUACCAAUGUCUAAGUGGAGAUUUCUACAAUCUCUACGACAGAGACUGGGCCGAGCACUGUGUUGCCGUGUAUUUCGUUGCUUUACUUCCCAGCGCUGGUGCGCCCGCUCCGGCGCCCGCUCCUCCAGCUCCCACCGGUACUGUGGUUGCUUCAGUUACUCAAUUAUCAGAUGGACAGCCUCAAGCUUCAACAGUUGUUGUUUCGCAAAUCUCUGAUGGACAACCUCAGGCGACAACUGGUGCACCAGCCGUCAGCCAGAUCAGCGAUGGACAACCUCAGGCACCCACUGGCGCCCCAGUCAGCCAGAUCAGCGAUGGUCAACCUCAAGCCCCUACCGGUGCUCCAGUAAGCCAGAUCAGCGAUGGUCAACCUCAAGCUCCUACUGGAGCUCCAGUGAGCCAGAUCAGCGAUGGACAGCCACAGGCUCCAACUGGUGCGCCCGUCUCUCAGAUUAGUGACGGUCAGCCUCAAGCACCAACUGGCGCACCCGUUUCUCAGAUUAGUGACGGCCAGCCACAGGCCCCAACGGGUGCGCCUGUUUCUCAGAUCAGCGAUGGACAGCCACAGGCUCCUACAGGAGCACCCGUCUCCCAGAUCAGCGAUGGACAACCACAGGCUCCUACAGGAGCACCCGUCUCCCAGAUCAGCGAUGGCCAGCCACAAGCCCCAACUGGCGCACCCGUCAGUCAGAUCAGUGACGGCCAGCCACAGGCUCCAACUGGUGCGCCCGUCUCUCAGAUUAGUGACGGCCAGCCACAAGCUCCAACCGGUGCCCCAGUAUCUCAGAUCACAGACGGCCAGGUUCAAGCGCCCACCGGUACCAGCAGUGCGGCACCAGCAGCUUACACUGGCGCAGCACACCGCGAUGGACUUUCUGGUGGCUUGGCCAUCGCCGGCGCUAUCGUUGGUGCGAUCGUUCUACUCUGA